UUGGUUGCGGAUUUAUAGUUAUAGCGUUACAAUGGAAGUCCUCCAACAUCUUCGAGGACCUAUACCUACUACAAUGAGAGAAGUCAGUGCCUUGUCCCAACUAAACCUUGAUGAAGAUGUUCCAUCAAUUCAGGGAGCUAAUUUCCCCAUAUUGUUGCAGUCCAACACUGAUACGAAUUUUAGUGACAUAACCGCAUUUAAAUCCGCUUUUGCGCGUUCUGCUGAAGAUGCAAGGGUUUACUCACACCUCAAUACUCUGCUUGAACAAGGACAAGAGUACGCGAUUAUGCUGUACACAUGGAGGUCGAUAUCUAGAGCUCUUCCAUUUAUCCGAUCAAGUGACCAGCCAAAUAGAAUAAAGAUAUAUGAAAAAACGAAGGAGAUAUUAGAACCACAUUGUCUAAAAUUGAAACAGUUCAUGUUCUUUCAAGAUGCAGCUAUACGGAGGUUUGUGGAAGAAGUAAAACGACUGGCCCAUAAGGAUCAGAAAAACUUCUUCGUCAACCAGGCCUAUCUCGUCACACUUGGGAAAAUGAUAAAAAUGUUUGCUCUUCUAGAUGAAAUGAAGAACAUGAAGGCAAGCAUGAAAAAUGAUUAUUCUAACUACAAAAGAGCCGCCCAGUUUCUACAAGUUAACGAUCCCGAUUCUCACGACGUUAGUAUAUUCUUGGCGAAGCAAAAAAUUAUUCGUGAUACACUAAAAGAAAGCUUGAUUGCAAUUGAUGGCUAUGAGGACCUUCUGAUAGAAAUCAUUCAUAACAGCGCUCAAAUGUAUGAAAACAAGGUUUAUAUCCUUCCUGAAGAGAAACACACUCAUGUUAUAGUUAUAGCUUUUUCCCUUUAUCUUCUCGAUUCCGGUCGUAUAGUUGAUGGUAAGCAAGUAGGCGUUUGCCUGAAUAAAAUUGCGAAACGUCUUAACAUUGGUAAAUUAGAUCGGAUUUUAAAGGAAUGUGAAGUUGUCAAUCUGUUCGGUGAUAUGAGUGUGGAACCAUUUUCAUAUGUUCGUCAAACAGUGUCAUUUGAUCCAUCUAAGUGGCCAGAGUGCAAUAGUGCUAAAGUUUCUGGUCAGGGAGUGAUCUUAACGCACAUGGCGAGAUUUCAAGAGGAAUAUACUUCAUUGACAUCCGAUUUAGCUUGGCAUACAAAUACAACGUCGAUUCGUUUAAAUGAACGUUCUGCCAAAGAAAACCAAGAACUUUAUGAUCUUGCACUUCGAGGUCUUCAAUAUUUAUCUGGUUGGUCUGUACAAGUGUUAGACACAUUUUCAUGGAAGCUUGCUCACUGUGCCAGCGGUUUCACAAACCAUGAGUGCCCAAAAGAUGCUGAGAAUUAUGAAAAAGCCACUCGUUAUAAUUACAAUUCAGAAGAAAGAUUUGCUAUGAUUGAAAUAAUCAGUAUGAUUAAAUCUGUUCAAACACAACUUUUACGAUUGGAAGCUUGUUAUUCAGAAGCGAUUGGUCGUUCUGUUUAUCGAGAACUACAGGCAAUUGUUGUCGGCCAAUUAAGCGCUCCAUUGCUUAAAGCACAAAAGAAAAAAGAACGAAUCAUGCUGGCACGUUUAAUACUUGCGAUUCAAGCGACAUGUGCUGAUCAAAUAUCCGACACAAUGGAUUUGGAUAUGAUGAUGCACACUAGUAGCAGUAGUGGUGGUGGUACAACAGGAUCCAAAUCAUGGGGUAAAGCUGCUUCUUCAAAACUAUCGAAUUCAAGCAAUAAUAAUAAUCAUAAUAAUAGUAUGACUACAGGGUCAAAUUCUACGAUGGCUACUGUCGCUGCUUCAUUAGCCAAUAAUAAUGACAGUCCAACAGGAUCGAUUAGUACAAGUAGUAUAUUUGAUUCAAAUAAACGUCGAGUUGGUCCAUCAUCUAGUCAAUUGUAUUUAGUACGAACUAUGUUAGAAUUAAUGGUUGAACAAGUUUCAUCAACCAAACAAAUGAUACGAAAAGAAUUGGACACUGCAACAUUAUCAGCGAUAGAUACAUUUCUUAAGCAUAGUUUUUAUUGGCCAUAUCUUCUGAAUUUCAGUGAAACUUUAAUCAAGUGUUGUGACCUAUCUCAACUAUGGUAUCGUGAAUUCUUCUUAGAAAUGACUAAUGGUGCUUGUAUACAAUUUCCAAUUGAAAUGAGUUUACCAUGGAUAUUCACCGAUCAUAUUCUAGAAAGUGAACAUCCUGGUUAUACGGAAUAUCUACUCUAUAUGCUUGACCUUUACAAUGAUGCUGCUGAUUGUGCAUUAAAUCGAUUUCGAAGACGAUUUCUUUAUGAAGAAAUCGAGGCUGAAGCGAAUUUAGUCUUUGAUCAACUUGUUUAUAAACUAAGUGAUAAAAUAUUUCGACACUAUAAACGCUAUGCAUCAUCAAUUUUAUUAGACAAACGAUUUCGAGCUGAAGCCCAACGUACUGCUUCAUGGCGUGAACCUUAUCCACCGCCUAAUCGUUAUACUGCAGCUUUACUUCGACAAAGAAAUAUUCAAUUGCUUGGUCGUUCUGUCGAUAUAAAUCGAUUAAUUUGUCAGAGGAUGACUAAAGCAAUAUACAAAUCAAUUGAAGUUGCUAUUUCACGUUUUCAUAGUUCAGAUAUAACAGGAAUAAUUGAAUUGGAAGCAGCUAUUGAAUGUAAUCGACUUUGUCAUAGAAUGUUGAGUGAACAAUUGGAAUUAGAUGAUUUUGAUGCAUUAUUACGUGAAGCGGAUAAUUUAGUAACUUCUAGAUUAGGAAAAAUUACUGUUCAUGUAUUUUGGGAAUUAACAUAUGAUCUUGUUAAAAAUUACUGUUAUAAUGAUGCUACUAACAGAUUUGUACCAACAAAUUUCACAUUAACUGAAGUGUUAGAACGUGAGAAACCGCCAACAGUUGAGGCUCAAUACGUUUGGGGUAGUCGUUCGUUAAAUACAUGCUUUGAAACUAUAUUUAAAUUAUAUCGUGGUUUUGUUGGUGCACCUCACUUUUCUGCCAUUUGUCGUUUAUUGGGUUAUCGAGGUCUGUUUGUUGUUACGGCUGAAGUAAUGAAAGUUGCUCAAUCGUUGCUAAAUCAAACAUUACGCGAUUAUGUUUGCCGAUUAGUGCUUCUUAUGCCUCAAUCAUUGAUACUUCCAUCAGAGAAAGCAGAAUCUGAUGCUGUAUUCUCGGCUUUAUACACUCAAUUACAUCAAAUCUAUAAAUAUACAGAUUUACGAACUAAUGUAUUUCAAAAUUUUCGUGAAUUUGGAAAUAUUCUUAUCUGUUGCUUACAGUUAGAAAAGAAUUUAUCAAUUGAAGAUUCAUGUGAUCUUCGUCAUGCAGGGCCUUUUAUUGGACAAAUGCCAAGACAGUUCUUCCCUCCUAUUCCAUCUCAUGAGGAAGGAUUAAAAGGUAAAUCAAUUAAUGAAUUAAGACGUGAACGUGAAAUUCAAUACAAGGAAUUACAAAAGAAACAAGAAUCAAUGAAUAUUGUAUUAGUUGUAUCACGUAUUGGUACUGAAGAUCAAUUGUCCUUAGCUAAAGAGAAUGAAAUAUUAACGAAAGAGAGACUUUGUUCUGGUUUAACACUAUUCGAAUUUGUAAGUUAUGAUUCUUAUAAUCGUAACAACAGAGAUGAUUUUCAUACAUAAUUCCUGGCUGUAUAAUGAAUUGUUUAUCAUUGAAUGCUUCAAUUUAUAAAACAUAUUUCAAUGGAUGGCUGUGUAAUAUAGAACAUACAAGCAUGGUUUACCGAAAUCUAUAGUGUACGUUGUUGCUUCGUCACUCGGGCUACUUCAAAAUUAAUUAGGACUUGUGUAAAAUAGUUACAUAUUUGAGAUGUUUAUAGGAUUGCUAAAAAUUUAUGUAUACCAGAUGCAAUAAUUGUACGGAAGUACAGUAGUUGUCUCAGACAGCUACAACGUAGGAUCACACAUAUGCAACAGUCCAAGUUGCCAUACCUCAUUAGCACAACAAGAUGAACACCAAAUGCAUAGAAGUAGUUACUUCAAUGACAGUAGUUGUCUGCCUUACUUCGAUUUCUCUACAGAUUGCGAAUUCAUGAUUAGAAAUUCACAUUUUUUAUUGUUUUAAUUUCUCCUGAUUUUUUUUUUCAUUUUCUACUUCGCAUGAAUAGGUCCUUAAUAAAAUUAAAAACUUUCUUCAUGAAGAAGAUUCUGAUGGAAAUACUUGGGAUCGUCUUUCCAAUAUUGCCAAACGUAGUUCUAUAUGUAAUGGAACUACUACACAUUAUAAUAAUGAUAUACUCGGCUUAGAAAGUUAUACACACUUUCAUCGUCUAUGGUCUGCUAUUCAAUUAGUAUUCUGUACACCAUUUGGGCAAAAUGAAUAUACAGUUGAAGAAAUGUUUGGUGAAGGAUUAAAUUGGGCUGGAUGUGCAAUCAUUUUAUUAUUAGGUCAACAACGUCAAUUUGAAGCACUUGAUUUUGGUAGUCUUAUUUUACGACUACAACGAAUCGAUAAAAAAGAUGCAACACCAAUGGGAGUUUCUCUGGAACGAAUGGCGGCUCGUUUAAGUCGUUUCUCAGUACUCAAUCGUCAAAUAUUUUCCACAUUAAAUAUAUAUCUUCAUCCUGUCGAUCGACUGGAUGAAUCGAGUGUUCGUGUUCGACAGUUUCCUAUACCUACCUGGUCCAAAUCAUAAACCAUUAUCGUUUUUUAAACCAUGUAAUUUGUUCCCCUUUCCAAUUUUUUUUGGUAUAACGCUUAUUGUACUAUAAACCACCUCAAUUAAUGGCAUUUUAUAGAGUUCCUUUGGUUCUUUUUUAUAUUUUGAUCAUACCGGUAAUUUGUUUUGGUUGAUUUACUGCUUUUUUGGUGUUUUUUGCUUUCUUAUCUGGUUUUUCCACCUCAUUUUCUAGAGAAAUAUGUAUAAAUAAAUUCAUAAGGAAAAUAAAGUUAAUUUAUGGUGUUAUAUGAUUAAUGAUAAUAAUGCUUUGUUAGUAAAAUUAAUUUUAUGCGGA